AAUGAAUUCUUCGUUAUCAUCUGUUAUUCCGCCUGUUGUAAUAUCACCUACCAUCAAUACUUACAACGAUUUGCCAAACGAAGACAACGUUAUUACGGAAACACUGCCACGAUCGAGUGACCAAGAUCAGCAAUCGAGUAUAAGACAAAAAGAAAAAUUGUCUCCACUCCCUAUGGCUAACAAUAAUAUCAUUAUUCAAGGACGAAGAUAUCAAAAUUAUAAUGAUCGUUAUCGUUUACCAAAUGAUGAUAUGGAAAUGGAUAGAUUGUUGAAUAAUCAUCUACUAGUUAAGUAUUGUUUUGGUUCUAACUAUUCCGCACCUAUCACUGAACUUUUAUCUGCUCCUCGUAUCAAUACUCUCUUUCAUACCCAACGUGCUAAGAAAACAACAAAACACAAAUACCUGCAUUCAACAAUACCAGUAGAACAUCAUCCGUCAGGAGUAGUCAGUCUACAACAUCCUACUUCUCACGAGACAUCUCAACACAAUGAUACUACCUUCACCUCUUCCCCUGAAGAAAACAUGUUCAUACCAAAGAAACAACAAGAACAAUCUUCAUCUCCUCCUCGUGGCAAGUUUAUGGACUACUUGCGAAAAUGGACUAAAUUAAGGAAACAAAAGGAGCCAGCGAACAGCUCAGCAACAAAGAAAACACGAUCUGCAUCUACAGGGGCAGACCAAUUACAGUCGACACCAUUGACUAAGACAAAUGUAGCUGACCUAUCUCCGAUACCGCAUCGUCGUCAUUAUUCUGAAAGUGAUACCCAACAAACCAAUGGAAAACAACGGUCCUCUAUCUCCACAACUUCAAGGCUUUGUACUCAUUAUCCUGAUAUCAACAUUUGCCGUGUAUUGGACAUUGCCUGUGGGAAUGGUGUAUGGAUUUUAGACAUGGCACAUGAAUUCCCAAAUGUUGAAUUUUAUGGAUUUGAUAUCUCUGAAGUAUUUCCAACUUCUAUUCGACCAAAGAACGCUUACUUUAAAUUAUUUGACAUGAAUCAAGGUAUUCCUUAUCCAGACAGCUUUUUUGAUUUUAUACGUAUGCAUGAUGUCCUUACUUGUUUUGCCUCUAAUGAUAUCAAGUUUAUUAUAUUGGAAAUACGACGAUGUCUGAAACCAGGUGGUUACGUUGAACUAAGGGAACUGGAUCCUACGAUUUCCAAUGCUGGUCCAAUCACUUCGAAAUUUACAUCGUUAGAUUCCAAAAUAGUAAAAAGAUUACAAGAUCAAUACAACGUAGAUCUAUCUUGGCCAUUGGAAUUAAAUCAACACCUUCAAGAUCAUCAUUUGGUUGACAUUCACAGUCAAACCGUUCGUUUGCCAUUUGGUCAUCAACCGCCAACAUGUCCAUUAUUAUCAUCAAGACCACCUGAAGCAUCCCUGAUCAGACUGACGUGUUGGUUUUGGAAAGAUCGAUGUGAUGCCUACCAGCGACUACUUUUGGAAGCGUACAACGAGACGGAAAAAGAAUUGGAUCAACAAAUGAAAUGCAUGCUUGAAGAAAUGAUGGACCGCUCUUCUUACUGUCAAUACUAUAUGGCUUGGGCUCGAAAACCAUUGGUGGAUGACUACUGUUAUCAGCAGAACAACAACGAUGAUGAACAUCAGAGUAGAAAAAACAGCCACAAUACGGCUCAACUCAGCGUCUCUUCCUCUCGUUCCGAUCUCUCCUCGAUGACAGACGAAGACAUCAUGGACGACAUAUAUGAUUUGACGGAUGGUUAUAUAGAUUAGCUAUUUUAUUGAUCAAUAAACUUUUUUUUUAUGAAGUCAUUUUUGUCAUGUUGUGAGCAUUUUUUUAAGGAGAAAAAAAAAACACCAUGGUGUGUGUGGAUAAAGAGACAACUUGAUCCUGGUAAAACAUAAAUAUUAUUGUCAAAGGAUGAUUUGUUCAUUCUUAGGAAAAAAAAAA